CGGCGCCGGACAUGUCGGGUCCCCGCGCUGGCUUCUACCGGCAGGAGCUGAACAAGACGGUGUGGGAAGUGCCGCAGCGGCUGCAAGGGCUGCGCCCGGUGGGCUCCGGCGCCUACGGCUCGGUCUGCUCCGCCUACGACGCACGGCUGCGCCAGAAGGUGGCGGUGAAGAAGCUGUCGCGCCCCUUCCAGUCGCUGAUCCACGCUCGGAGGACCUAUCGCGAGCUGCGGCUGCUCAAACACAUGAAGCACGAGAACGUCAUCGGGCUUCUGGAUGUCUUCACUCCUGCCAUGUCCAUAGAUGACUUCAGCGAAGUGUACCUGGUGACCACCCUGAUGGGCGCAGACCUGAAUAACAUUGUCAGGUGCCAGGCGCUGAGUGAUGAGCACGUCCAAUUCCUGGUUUACCAGCUGCUGCGUGGACUGAAGUACAUCCACUCAGCGGGCAUCAUCCAUCGGGACCUAAAGCCUAGCAACGUGGCAGUGAACGAGGACUGCGAGCUUAAGAUCCUGGACUUUGGGCUGGCUCGCCAGGCUGAUGAGGAGAUGACUGGCUAUGUGGCCACACGAUGGUACCGGGCACCGGAGAUCAUGCUCAAUUGGAUGCAUUACAACCAGACAGUGGACAUCUGGUCUGUGGGCUGCAUCAUGGCUGAGCUGAUCCAAGGGAAGGCCCUCUUCCCAGGAAGCGACUACAUCGACCAGCUGAAGCGCAUCAUGGAGGUUGUGGGCACACCCAGCCCUGAGGUGCUGGCAAAGAUCUCUUCAGAGCACGCUCGAACAUACAUCCAGUCUCUGCCUCCCAUGCCCCAGAAGGACCUCCGGAGCGUCUUUCAAGGAGCCAACCCUCUAGCUGUGGACCUCCUGGGAAGAAUGCUGGUUCUGGACAGCGACCAGCGGGUCAGCGCCACAGAGGCCCUGGCCCACGCAUACUUCAGCCAGUACCACGAUCCGGGUGAUGAGCCUGAAGCUGAGCCCUAUGACGAGAGCGUGGAGGCCAAGGAGCGCACAGUGGAGGAGUGGAGAGAGCUCACGUACCAAGAAGUGCUCAGCUUCAAACCCGCUGAACCCCCGCAAUCACCCGACAGCCUGGACGUCGAGCAGUGA